GCCCAGCAAGCAAUCAUAAGAGGCAAGGACAAGUGCCAUGACGCGUUUGGUCCGCAUCGUCCUGGCAUCCGUGUGCCUGGCAGGCCUGGCCAGAGGCCGUGAUGAGGGUGGUCAUUGGCAUGCAACAGAAUCAGCCAGUCACGAUGCCCACGAGCAUGCCCAUGAGACUAGCGCUCGCGAGCAGGGCGCCCACGCCGCACAUGGGCACGAUGCCCAUGAGCACGACGCACAUGGGCACGACGCUCAUGAGCACGACGUACAUGGGCACGACGCUCAUGAGCACGACGUACAUGGGCACGACGCCCAUAAGCACGACGCACAUGGGCACGACGCCCAUAAGCACGACGCACAUGGGCACGACGUGCAUGAGCACGAUGUACAUGGGCACAACGCCCAUAGUGCGGAGGACGGUGCCAGUUUGCCAGAGGUGCUGAUUUCUUUCACAGCAUUUGCCAAACCACUCCAUGCAAGCCAUCGAUGGCUUUGUGCCUAUGCCUCAGCCCUCGUGAUGAGCGCAAUCAGCUUCGCAGGUGCCGCGUUACUGGUGCUGCUGCGUAUGCCCAAGUUGGGGCCUGUUGUGGAGUACUGCAGCCUCACGUUUGCAGCCACUGUGCUGGUGGCAGAUGCGCUGGUCCAUUUGCUGCCUCAUGCGCUGGAGGGGGCCGACCAUGGCACGAUGACCUCCGUGGGCAUCGCUGCGACCGUGGGCUGCCUGGGAAUCCUGGCAGUGCCGGAGCUUUGUGAGCCGCAUCAACACAAAGGUGAUUGCCACGAGCAUCACGAUCAGGUGCAUGCCUAUGGCAUAGCCAAUCUGGUCACCGAAAUGAUGCACAACUUCGUCGACGGAAUUAGUCUUGGAUUGGCAUGGAUGGCAGGGGCACCAGCAGGUAUUUCCACAGCGCUGGCAGUUGCAGUGCAUGAGCUCCCCCAGGAGCUGGGGGAUUUCAUGGUGCUCCGGGCUGCGGGGUUUCCGGUGCCCAAGCUGCUCUUCUGGAACUUUGUGGCGUCCCUGACCUGCGUGGCCGGGGUGGCCCUAGUUCAUGUUCUGGGCCAAACAGAGCUGGCUGCAGCUGUGCAGCAGUACAUGACUGCUUUCACCGCCGGCAGCUUCCUGUCCUUGUCGCUGAACAUGAUCUUUCCGCAGGUGUCAGAGUCAAUCAACAAGCACCACAAAGGGCGUGCGGCCACAAUGGCGAAAGCGCUUUGCUGCGUCCUGGCGGUUCUUGCCACUUAUGUGCUGGUGCGGAUUGGCGACCUUGAGGGUGGCCAUGACCACGGCCAUGGUCACGGCCAUGGCCAUGGUCAUGAGUUGUGAGUCGAGAGCCGACUCCGUGCAGGGGAAAAGGGC